AUGGACGACCGGGGCUCUUCGAACACAUCGGAAGUGAACUCAGACUUUGUUGCCACUUGGACAUUUUCGUUCCCAUCAAGCCCGCUACGGACAAAAUCUUUAGGUCAUCCCCUUUGCGACAUUGUAAUAGUCUAG